GCGACUACAAUUUUGACAAUCCCCUUGGAUUGUUCAUCAUCAAAUGAGAACGGUUUGUUUUUACCUGUUGCACUUUGUUGUCUUAUCCACUAGUUGACUAUAAAAUUUAAUUGCUCAUCAUUUCUACCAGAUUUAUGGUAUUUCUAACACACUAAAUAAUCACAAUUUUUUUGAAUGGAUAAAUUGCGUAGAGUACUCAGAGGCGAUGAAACGCCAGAUGAAGAAAGCGGUAUCAUGACACAGUUUAGUGACAGUACAACAUUCAGUUGGUCGACACGUAUAAAAGGUUUUCUCAUAUGCUUUAUACUGGGAAUAUUACUAUCACUUCUGGGGUCGUUUGCGCUCUUUUUGCACAAAGGACUCACUGUUUUUGCCGUAUUUUACACAUUGGGCAACAUUUUGUCGAUAUUAAGCACAUGUUUUCUCAUGGGACCAGUUAAUCAAGUUAAAAAAAUGUUUGCCUCUACCCGAAUUAUCGCAACAGUAAUUGUUAUAGCUACAUUUAUACUAACACUUGUAUCUGCAAUUCACCUGCACAAGGCGGCACUGGCCCUUGUAUUUAUUAUAAUACAGUCAUUGGCGAUGACGUGGUACUCACUUUCGUACAUACCGUAUGCGAGAGAUGCUGUGAAAAAGACCUUUUCCACCUGCAUUGAUGCCUGAAGAAAUUUAAGACUUUGUCUCAAAUAAGUCAAUUUAAUAUACAUUUUGCUAACAUAAUUUUACUAUAUAGGUAGGUAAAUAAUAUAUAUUUUUUGUAUUUA